CGUCAACUUAAAAGCAUUCAUCAAUUUUCCUCAAAAACAACGAGAGUGCUUUUUAUCAAGCGCUCCCGUCCUAAUGCAUCUCGAUUAUAAGUAACAUGUCUACUCUUAAGGCUGCUACGGUCUCAAACAAAAUCGUGAAACGAAAGAGGAAGAGGCGAUAUGCGGAAGACGCGGAAGGCGACUCUUUAGAGGAUCCUGAGGAGCCAAAUGCUGUCACAGCCGAGAGAAACACACCGCCUCGGCGUCAAAAGAAGGCCAACUCCGAAGUUAUUGAGUGCCAAAUUGAAUGGCCGCAAACAUUCAAGAACUUAGAUAAGACUCAUCAGGCUCUGAAUUUAGUCUUCACUUUCUGCUCUACACGUAAACACCUAGUAACUACAUUCGAUACCAUCCGAUCAGCAGUUGAGUCAAACACGAAACGCAAAUUGAUGAUUGAAGAUGUUGCUGCGGUUGUCGCAUUGCGACCGGAAGGUAUCAACUUCACUUACGUGGAUGAAGUCAUGCUACAAACUGAUAUCAAGGGCGCUGAAAGAGACUCGACGUUUAAAUCUGGCAGAUUAAAGGAUAUCACCGUCCAAGGUCCCGCCCCAGAUGCUUCUGUUGGUGGUUUUACAGGCCUGGACGAACUUGGUUCCCAUCAUCCCGACGAUUUACUACAAAGUGGGAAAGAGGUCCUAUACUUUGAAUUCGUUGAUGGGGAUUUGAAGCGACAAGUUCAAAACAAGAAGACGGGAGAAGCAACCAAUCCUAGUAGAAAACUUCGAGAGGAGGACCUAAAAAUGCCGGUUUACUCCCAGAAACAACUGAUAACGCUGAUUGAGAAGCGCAACCAGAAAUUUACGGUUGCGGUGAACACCUUCAUAAAUCGGUGUGUAGAAGAAAAGCUAGACCCUGAAGUGAUGAUACGACAAGAGGCUGAAGCAUACAUCCCAAUCCCUCGUGAAUCCAAAGCCACCACCCCUCAGCCAGAGCCGAGCACGCUUCCCAAAUCUAUACCUAAAGAGAGGAAAAGUAUCCCGGAAAUCGUCCAGGAACUCAAAGAUAGUUCAUGGUAUACCGGCCAGAUCGUACCCGACGGGCACCGUGUGUUUGAUGCACAAGAACCUGUUUUCGGCGAACUUGAUUUUCUGUUGAGUCAGGAUAUGGUGAACGCAUUAUACAAUGCGAGAGGGAUUACCCAAUUUUAUGCCCACCAGGCUGAGGCCAUCAACAAUCUUCACGCAGGUCGCCAUGUUGUAGUUUCAACCUCUACGAGCUCGGGGAAAAGUCUCAUCUACCAAUUGCCCGUUUUACACGCUCUAGAGGAAGAUCCGAAUACCCGAGCGAUUUACAUUUUCCCGACGAAGGCCUUGGCUCAGGAUCAGAAGAAGAGCCUGAAGGAAAUGCUUGCUUACUUCACAAUACUACAAAAUAUACUCGUUGAGACUUUUGAUGGGGAUACCCCAAUGUAUGAUAGAAAUCAGAUUCGCGAUGAGGCUCGCAUCAUCUUUACGAAUCCCGAUAUGCUUCAUCUUACAAUCCUUCCCCAGGAAGAUAGAUGGCGGAGCUUUCUCAAGCACCUGCGUUAUGUUGUCGUUGAUGAAUUACACUAUUACAAUGGCCUCAUGGGAUCACACGUUGCUUUCAUCAUGCGACGACUCCGGCGCAUAUGUGCGGCUGUUGGUAACCGAAAAGUCAAGUUUAUAUCGUGUUCUGCCACGGUCGCAAAUCCACGAGAGCACUUCAGGACCAUAUUCGGAAUUGAUGAUGUGCAUCUAGUCGAUUUCGAUGGUUCUCCGUCUGGAAGAAAAGAAUUCCUAUGCUGGAACACGCCUUACAAAGAUCCUGGCGACCCCGCAAGCGGGCGUGGGAAUGCGAUCGCUGAAUGUGCUCGAUUAUUUUGUCAACUUAUCCUACGCGGCGUUCGCGUAAUUGCAUUUUGUCGCGUGAGGAAGCAGUGCGAGGGACUAGUGUCAGCAGCCAAAUCCGAGUUGGAAUCACUCGGUCGUCCGGAAUGCAUGGCACGUGUUAUGGGAUACCGAGGUGGAUACACAGCGCAAGACCGGCGAAGAAUCGAAAGCGAAAUGUUCGAAGGCAAGCUCAUGGGCAUUAUUGCGACUACUGCUCUCGAGUUGGGUGUUGACAUUGGUACGCUGGAUUGCGUCGUUACGUUGGGAUUCCCAUAUACGAUUGCGAAUUUAAGGCAGCAGAGUGGAAGAGCUGGCAGGAGAAACAAAGACUCGCUGUCUGUGCUUGUCGGGGAUUGCUUCCCGACUGAUCAACAUUACAUGCAGAAUCCGAAUGAGAUUUUCACCAAGCCUAAUUGCGAGCUUCAGGUCGACCUUAAUAAUAUGCUUGUUCUGGAGGGACAUAUUCAAUGCGCAGCAUAUGAGAUGCCUAUUAAGCCUGUCGAAGAUGCCGUUUAUUUCUCUAAAGAUCUGGCUAAGAUUGCCGAAGAGCGUCUAAUCAAAGAUGAUCUUGGAUUUUAUCAUUGCCACGAUAGAUUUAGGCCUGUGCCAUCCCGGUUUGUGGCAAUUAGGGAUACGGAAGACGACCAUUUUGCGAUUGUUGAUAUAUCGCAUGGUAAAAAUAUUGUUCUCGAGGAAUUAGAAGCGUCGAGAGCAUUUUUCACUAUCUACGACGGAGCCAUAUUCUUACACCAGGGUAACUCAUAUCUAGUGCGCGAUUUCCAACCCGAUAGAAAGAUUGCCAAGGUUGAAAAGGUCAAGGUGGAUUGGACGACGGAACAACGAGAUUUUACGGAUGUCGAUCCUAUUGAAACAGAAGCCAUAUGUAAAAUCCCAGGCUCCCUCUCGCGCGCAUUCCACGGUUCGAUACGCAUUACGCAGAACGUUUUCGGCUACUUUAAAGUCGAUAAGAAGCGUCGCAUCCUCGACGCGGUCCAGGUUGAUAAUCCUCCGAUCAUUCGACACAGCAAAGGUAUGUGGCUAGACGUACCAAAGCGGGCCCUCGAAAUUCUCGUCGAACGCCGUCUUCAUGUAGCUGGUGCUAUUCAUGCGGCGGAACAUGCUAUUAUAAGCCUAAUGCCCAAUUUCGUGAUUAGCAUGCCGGGGGACGUGCGCACUGAGUGUAAGUCGGGAUUGAAGGAAUUCGCGCGAAAAGAGACGUCACGAAAACGUCCCGCCCGAUUGACUUUCUACGAUGCGAAGGGCGGGAGCAAUGGCUCCGGCAUUAGCACCAAGGCUUUUGAGUUCGUUGACCUGCUACUUGUCCAGGCCCUCGAUCGCGUCCAGCGCUGUCGUUGCCAGGAAGGAUGCCCCGAGUGUGUGUGCUCUGAGUUCUGCGGUGAGGCGAAUGAAGUUAUGAGUAAAGCCGGGUGUGGGGUCAUUAUCAAAGCCCUCUUGGGUAUGCAUAUUGAUGUUGAGGCUCUCCCGAUGGGACCGGAGGAGUUGAGUCCUCUGGGAAUAGAGACUGUGAUUUUGGCAUUACCAGUGCCAGCGAGGGGGCGGAAGGUCGGAGAGGAAGUUGAGAUUAAGGUAGAAGAGGGAGAGGGAGAUGUUAUUGUUCUGGAUCGACCUGGAGAUACAGAUAUGGGAUAUUGAAAGAUUAUUCCGACUCUUGUUAUCCAUCUUUAUGUAUCAAGUACGUAUCUCAAUUUUCAACUCCCCCUUCGUCUGGUUUCCCUUCCAUGCGGGUUAGAAAAACCACGGAAUAACCCUUAAAUCUCAACUAAAACACUGAAAAGAGAUUUAUCUCAUAAUUUUAGAGCAGAGAAAGGGUUAUACAGCAUUUUAAUUAAGCUCGGUGCCACGUGUGAUACAUGACAUUAAAAUGAAACAAGAUAGGGUCGCUACUGCACGUUUACUGUUGGGUACAGU